AAAACUCUCUCAUCUCCGCACAUGCAUCCGCCUCCUCACUCCCAGGCGUUACAGAAAGACCAACCAACAGAGGACACAGCGAAUAAGCGACAUACUGGGAUGUGGCUGUUUCAUUGGGAUGAAGCUCCAGCUGUUUCUACACAGCCCGAGUUACCCACAUCCCAACGCCGCCAAGCCAGUGAGAGCAUCUCGUUGGUCCCGUAAGAAGAUGAAGGACUAUCCCGUCCUCGAUUUGGACGACGAGAGCUCAGCACCACCGCGAGCUUCCUGUAGCUCAAGUGAGCCUUGGGAACGGCAGAGAGGGUCCCAUUUCUGUGUGUUGGAGCAGCUGUGCCCACCCCGUGGCAUUCCUGAUCCCAUGGCUGCACCCCAUGGCAAGCCUGAUCCCGUGGCCGCACCCCGUGGCACUCCCGCGCCUCCAGACCCGCCUUCCGUCACCGCACCUUCGGACCUGCCUGCCUCCGUGGGCGUUGUUGCAGGCUCGCCUGCCUCCGUGGGCGUUGUUGCAGGUUCGCCUGCCUCCGUGGGUGUUGUUGCAGGCUCACCUGCCUCCAUGGACGUCACAUUUCCUUUGUUCCUGCCCGUCCCGCCCUUGCCUGUGUCAGUUGCUCCCUAUGGGUCUCCUGUUCCUCUCAUGUCUGCUAUUCCCUGUGGGCCUCCUGUUUCUCCUGUGUCUGUUGCUCCCCAUGGGCCUCCUGUUUCUCCUGUUUCUGCCUCUCUUUCAACUACGAAUGGCACAGCCUGGAAACUGACCAAGGGAGAUGAAGAGAAAUUGGAUAUCUUCCAGACCAAGUGUCUGAGAAGGAUACUCAGAAUCAGAUGGCAGCAGCAUGUAUCCAACAGAAAGGUGCUAGAGAUGGCAGGAGUGGAGAAGAUCAGCAAGGAGGUUAGAAGAAGGAGAUGGAACUAG